AUGCACCUCUAUCGCUCGCUGGCGCGCGGCCGCUCCCCGGCCCGGCCGGCCCCCGAAGGCUCGGCGUGGCGCGAAGCCGACACCAUCCUCAGCCUGGUGGCCAAAAAUUCUUUCCAGUUUGAGGAUCACUGGGUUUUCUCUUUUGACAUGACCUCCAUUUCCAGCAGCUUGGACGUGAGGCUGGCUGAGCUCCGGGUCCCCCUCGCGUCUUUCUCCCAAGCCAAAAAUGUCACUGUCAGCAUCUACCACGUCCACAACCACAUAUGUCAUGGGAACCAGACGUGCACAGAUAAGAUCUUCUUGGGCUCCUUCAGCUGCCGCCACAGCCACAGCAGCAGCAGGAUCAGCUCCUCCUUCAUCCAGUCUUCCUGGAAAGUCUUCAACAUUACCUCCUUGCUCCGCUUCUGGCUCCACCAGGGGGGACCAACAGGCCAAGACACCAUAGAGGCUCAGGAGCAGAAAUGGACAGAAGGUCACCUAGAUGACAGCAACAGGGAAGGAAUCGAUGGAUGUCCCACCAGUGGCUUUGAGGACAUCUGUGACUCCAAUGAGGCUUCACACAUCCCACCUCAGAGCCUGACAGAACAAGUCCUCCUGGUUGUCUUCUCUAAAGAUAAGGAACGGAUGGAACCCUCCCAGGGACCAAGCCUCAUCAGGAUGGUGGAGACGUCCAAAUAUGUCAUGUCUGAUGACACGUCCAAAGAGGUCGGGGCCCGGCGGCACCGGCGGAACAGGAAUCAAAGAAAGAGGAUUAAAGGGAGCGAUACCGACAUAUCUGGCAUUGCCGAAGAAAGUAGAUCUCUGUGCAGGAGAGUUGAUAUGAUGGUGGACUUUGAGAAGACUGGAUUUGGAAAGUGGAUUCUGCACCCCAAGAAAUAUAAUGCCUACCGUUGUGAGGGGGACUGCCCAUCGCCUGUAGAUGAGAGCUUUAAGCCAACCAAUCAUGCAUAUAUGCAGAGCUUGUUGAAGUUAUACCAACCCAACCGGGUGCCUUCCCCAGCCUGUGCUCCGGUCAAAUUGAGCCCACUCUCCAUGCUCUACUAUGAGAAGGGCGGGGUGACGGUCCGUCACCAUGAGGACAUGAUCAUUGAUGAAUGUGGCUGCAACUGACACACACGGGCCUUGGCCAGGCGACCAACAAGCGACCAGCUCCCCAAGACCAACGAACUGAUUUUUCCCUGCUGCAACAAAGG